AUGCAAACAAAAGAUGACAAAGGCAAUAUCAUACAUCAGAAGGAGAUUCUUGAAAUAGAGCCUCGGCCUGGAGGAAAGAUGGGGAAAAAGAAUAUACACUAUGACGCAGCUACGGGAAAAUGGGAGGGCCCUCUGGAUUACAACGAGUUCAUUCAGCGAUUGGACGGCAAGGAGACCGGGCCCGAUGUCACUAAUAUGCCAAAAUUGAAAGCCCCAGAAGGAGUUGAUGACCUUGAGCGUGCUGUAAAGGAACUGAUUGACGACCGCCGGACUGCACAGUUGAAGAUCGGUUUGAUCAAUGAAAGGAUUGGACAGUCUGGUGGUCGCGGGAACAUGGUCGCUGGAGCCGCCGGAGCACAAUUAAGGGACGAUGGAAAGUACCAGACCCUAAUGAGUGCGCUCAAUGACCAGCUGGUAAAGUGGCGCCGCUCCAAUGACUACGACAAGAUCAAGGCCCGGGAUACGGCCAUGAAAGCCCUGACCGACCGAGUCGUGCAACUUCGUAUCGAGGACGGCUAUCGGUUCAUGGUCGAUUACUUCACGUUGGAUAAGCACCUUGGUUUGGGAGACAAGAUAGUGCUGGACAAGGACCAGAAAUCGCUUGUUCCGGGAGGACCGGACUACGACCGUCUCAAUCUUGGAGAAACCUGGAAGCAACAUAAAAAGGAAGUCAGCGCUGCUAUAAAAAAGUCGACUAACGGGGAGGUGGUAAUCAAAAGGUCUAAAGACUUCGUGGAAUGGGUUACAGAUUUUGGUGACCCGAAUGGACGCUUCGCAAGGGAGACUAAAGCCAGUCCUUCACACUUCAUUACCCUUCAGAUGUGGAGAAGCAUCAAUGAAAUGCAUCCGUGUUAG